AUGCCUAGACACAAGGUCCAUCGCCCAGGGUGGCUGAAAGGGCUUUCCAAGAAAGAGAAACCCAGCGAUAGCCACCAGACAGUCUCUGCCAGCAAGCCUAAACAUCCCAUACAAGUAGAGUCAGCCACUUCUUCACCGGCACCCGAAUCGAGAGUCGAAGGAAUCAUCCGAUCAUCCGACGCAACAGAUACUGACGCCCAGACGGAGGGCUCCCAAGAUUCAUUUCACACGCAGAGCCAGCAAGGUGAGCUCGAAAAUGGGUUCGAAGAUGAGCUCGGAUAUGAGCGCGAUGUUACGCCUGAAAAUGAAGCAAAACCCGGAGAUGAUCCCCAAGACAAGCCCGACGCUGCUGCGCAGUACAAAUGGACGGCUCUUUGGAGCGCCGCGUACGAGAAGCUCGGUGACGAAGAUCGCGACCUGCUCAAACGCUACGAAACCGAGAUUCUGAAGCAGAGCGAAAAGAGUGGACAGAAGGGAACCACUGAUGCGGAUACUGGGCGACAGCAGCGGAUGGAAGCGAUCAUCCGACAAGAGCUGGAUAAGCUGGAGGCGAAGCAGCUUACGGUCGAGUUCAAGGAUAAAACAGUCUACGUCAGGGAUGGGAUGCGUCGUGUGGUGCAGGGAAUUCUGGCUUCGAAAGAUUUAAUCUCCGCGAUCAUUUCUACUGAGCCUCAUGCAUCGGUGGUGUGGGCAGGAGUUCUCUUGGUCUUGCCACUGAUGCUCAACCCCAUCACGCAAGAAGACGAUGCGACCGCUGGAUUCGAGUUUAUCUCAGCUCUCUUGGUCCGAUAUAGACCGAUCCAGAGUCAGAUUUGGAAAGGUUCAAAUGAUGUGCCUGCCAGUGACAAGCACUGGUUGAAACGGCAGAUUGUCUCGGUUUAUGCCGAAGUGUUGAGAUACCACGCCAGAUUCUUGAAACAAUAUCACGAGUCGUCACGGAUGGGCCGCUACUUGAGAGAUGUCUUCGUCGCUGAUAACUAG